AUGUGGCUGAGCUUGACUGUUAAGCUUUCUUCGACAUAUCUUCCUUUGCAACCAGUCUCUAGUUUUUGUUUCGUUCCAGCUGUUACAUGUGGAACUCACACAGUCUUAGACCAUAUCAUUUCCAACAGUUUGAUUAUCGUUUGUCGUGGCAGUCUUGGUGGAUGUGAAGGCAACCAGGGAUCGGACAAAGCGUUGAUCAUCGAGCCGUCUCAAAAACAAGUCUUAGGGAACCUUUUCAACAGACAAGAACCUAGCCGCCCCCAUAGAGGCAACAACUUCUCUGAUCCAUUGUUGAAGAUCGAUGAGGCAGAAUCCAAAGGCGAGGAGAUAAAGCGUAAACCAAAUACCCAGAUCAGAUGCAACGUUAGAUCUGCUUUCGGGUUGUUAGACCAAGCAAGGAAGGAAACAAACAAAACUGAAAGAAUUCUCCAAUGGUUUACACUAUCGAUACGAUCUAUGAUGAAAGUAGACAGACACAACAAACUUUGUCGGGAAAAAUUGACAUAAGUCAUGCACGGAUGCAUUGUGUCAACGGUACGGUACGUCUUGUCUUUUUUUGUUUUGUUGUUUUUUUAAUUUUUUGUUUUGUUUAUUUGAGGCUUUUUGUUAGCAUAAUAUACACUCAAAUUGGUUAGAUAGAAAUUUGAUAAGAGACUUUUUUGUUUUUUUUGUCUUGUUGAUAUAGGAGUUCUAUUGAUAUGAUAGAAAUUCAUGUCUUUUAAAUAUUUAUUUCAUUUCUAAAAGUAGUUCGUAUAUGACAAAAAUCUCAAAUUUAUUAAUCAACUAGAUUAGGAUGCGUGUUAUACACGGGUUAAUCGAGAAAUGAUUAUUUUAUAAAAAAAAAAGCAGCAAUGUUUUUGCCACUAUACAAAUAUCAUAUUGAAUUUCAACUGAACUAACUGUAAAUCUUAUCAUAUAUUUGAACUGAAACCCCCAAAUAUGUUUUUUUUUUCUUUUAGAGUGUAUA